AUGACGUUCAGCGUAGAUGCCCAGGAAUGGAAGCUGAUAAAGGACUGCGAGGCCAAGGUGAGGGCCGCGGACUCCCACAAGGUGAAAGCGUUCUUCGAGAACCUCUCUGCAGAUUGUCGUGAGAAAGUCAUCAUGACCCAGAUCUUGCUGUGCAUCAAGGAACUGGUGUCAGAUGCCAACCAGCACAUGAAGUCUGCCCUGGCCUCUGUCAUCAUCGGCCUUUCUCCCCUUCUGGGCAAAGACAACACCAUUGAUCACCUCCUGCCACUCUUCCUGGCCCAGCUGAGGGACAGGUGCCUUGAGGUGCGGCUGAACAUCAUCUCCAACCUGGACUAUGUGAAGGAGAUUUUCGCCAUCCGGCAGCUGUCCCAGUCGCUUCUGCCAGCCAUCGUGGAGCUAGCCCAGGACGCCAAGUGGCGGGUGCGUUUGGCCAUCAUUGAGUACAUGUCCCUGGUGGCUAGGCAGCUGGGAGUGGAAUUCUUUGAUGAGAAACUCAACUCAUUGUGCAUAGCAUGGCUGGUGGACCAUGUCUAUGCCAUCUGUAAGGCAGCCACCAGCAACCUCAAGAAGCUGGUGGAGAAGUUCAGGAAGGAGUGGGCCCAUGCCACCAUCAUCCCCAAAGUGCUGGCCAUGUCCGGAGACCCCAACUACCUGCAUCGCAUGACCACCCUCUUCUGCAUAAACGUUCUGUCAGAGGUGUGCAGGCAGGACAUCACCACCAAGCACAUGUUGCCCACCGUUGUUCGAAUGGCAGGGGACCCCUUCGCCAAAGUCCGCUUCAAUGUGGCCAAGUCCCUGCAGAAGAUCAGGCCCAUCCUCCACAACAGCACCCUGCAGAGCGAGGUCAAGCCAGUCCUGGAGAAUCUGACCCAGGACCAGGACUUUGCCCUGGAGGCCUUGACUGUUGCUGACAUGCUGCACGUGGCCAUACUCUCGGUGCCUGAUGUUCUGUGUCUGGGGCUCAUGCUCUGGGCCAGCACCUCCAUGCUCUUCAUCCUGUACAGACACAAGCAGAGAAUGCGACACAUCCAGAGGACCAGUGUCUCCACCAGAGCCCCUCUGGAGUCCAGAGCCACCAUAAGCAUCCUCCUCCUGGUCCUCCCCGUCUGUGUCACCUUGGAGAGUGUGGAUGUGGACUUAGCCUCCUGA